AUAAAUAUAUGCUGAACACCUCGGUUCACAAGGUGUUGAAGUGGCUUUGAGCCAACUGGCUUGACCACUCCUGGCCGCAGCCUCAAGCCUCAGAUUCCUCCCUCUCCAUUUGAGCCAUCCUAGCCGGUAGAACAGAAGUCUUGACGAAUGGCCCAAACGCCGGGCCGCUGCUCGGAGAUACCCUGGUGAGACCAAGCAGAUUGUCAUACGUUUUACCCAACAGUCUGCACGCAAAUUCUCGAACAACACGGGCUUGUGCGCACGCGCGGGCACGCACUUGGGCGGGGCCUCGACCUUAGGUCCCGCCCAGCCGCGGUCCGCUUCCUCUUCCGACGAGAGGCGGGGUCGCGACGUCCGCGGGAAACACAGGCUGGAGGUUCCCGGCUCGGUGCCGCCCCGGGAAUGGCAGGCUCGGGGAGCUUGGUCCUGCGGCCCUGGAUUCGAGAGCUGGUCCUGGGGUCAGGUGCACUCUCAAGUCCGCAGGCGGGGCAGCUGCUCGAGGUGCUACGAGAGGUCGAGGCUUCGGGCCCGUCCCGAGCCCGUGAAUCGUCUGAUAUCGCGGCCGCACUGCUUGUGUCUGACGGGACCCACAGUGUCCGGUGCUUAAUGACGUGGGAAGCCCUGGACGCCUCGAAUUGGGAGGAGAAGGAGUUCGGCUUCCGAGGGGCAGAAGGCCGGCUGAUGCUACUGCAGGAUUGCGGGGUCCGCAUCCAAGUCCCCGAGGGCGGCGCGCCGGCGGAGUUCUACCUUCAGGUGAACCAAUUUAGCCUGCUACCCAUCGAGCAGCCCCGGGAACGGGUGAUUGGUUGCAACCAGGACCCGGAUGUGCAGAAAAAGCUCUGUGACUGUCUGGAGGAGCAUCUUUCAGAGUCCGUCUCCCCCAGUGCAGGCCUUUCACUGUCCCAACUUCUGGAUGAGGUGCAGGAGGACCAGGAGCAUCGGGGGGCAUUAGUGCACCUGGCUGAGAGCUGUCUGACACUGGCAGGCGCUUACACAGCACCCCCUCUUACCCGCUGGGCCUCCUCCCACCAUAGGACCACGGGAGGAGAAGCUGUGUACACUGUCCCCAGCUCAUGGCUGCACAUCUCUGAGAAUGACCAGCGAGUUCUGACUUCUCUAGGCCCAGGUCAGAGGAUGCAGGGCCCUGAGUUGCCCCCACCAGAUCCAGCUUUGGAAGACCUAUCACUGACCCUGAUCUCUUCUUCUUCAUCUACGUCUUCAGGAACCCCUGCUUUACCUGGCCACCUGUCCUCUGAGGAAAGCGGUGCCAGCAUCAGCCUUCUGCCUGCCCUGUCCUUGGUUGCUUCAGACCCAAUGCAAAAGGGCAGCUCCCAGGCUGUGCCGGCCAUCUGUUCAAACCCUGGCCCCCUGCCCCCUAGUUCCAUACACCCUUGCCAUGGACCCAGCUCCCCCCUCCUGAGCUGCACACCAAGUCUCUCACCCCUUGGUCAUGUACCCAGUCCACAUCAGGCCAUUGUGACCAGGGCCCAGAAACCUAGCUUGGAGUUCAAGGAGCUAGGAUUGCCCCCCAAGAACUGGCAGCAGUCUCCAAGGACAAAAACCACCAUGGGAGCCUUGGAGUCCAGCCCUGUUUGGGACCCUCCAAAGAAGCAUCGUGAUGGUUCUGCCUUCCAAUAUGAGUAUGAGCCACCCUGCACCUCCCUCUGUGCCCAGGUCCAAGCUGUCAGGCUCCCUCCCCAGCUUGUGGCCUGGGCCUUGCACUUUCUGAUGGAGCCACAGCUGGAAUCUGAGCUCACCCGGGUGUGAGGAGUCAAGUGAACAAGUGGGAAGACGUGUGCACACAGGUCCAUGACUGGGGAUAGACCAAUAGUGCUCCACACUGCUUCCUUUGAGUUUUUUAAUAAAAUAAUCUCAUGCGGCAGGAAAA